GUAGCAUGUGCGAAGUAUAUGAUAUUUCUAAAAAUAAACUUGUUCCUAUCGCAAAUAUGAAUCAAAAGAGAUUCAGUCAUUCUGUGAUUUCCUUGAACGGUGUUGUGUAUGCAGUGGGCGGACGGACUAAUCGUUGUUAUUUGACAAGCGGGGAACGUUAUGAUGUUUAUGAUAGUUGGCGUUCCAUUGCGUCCAUGAAUAAUCCUCGCAGUGAUUUUGGGAUUUGUACGCGCAAUGAUUUUAUUUAUGUUGUUGGUGGAAGCAAUACAUCAACUGUCGAAAGCUAUGAUCCAUCAACAGACAAAUGGGAUCGGUGUACAAAUGUACCUACGGACAAACAUCUCUGUGUUCGUGCUACGGUUGUAGAAAAUAGCAUUUAUACUUUGGCUCACAGAUCUUCUCUUAGUUUCUGCUUUCGCUUCGAUCCGACAACAACACAAUGGCAUACAUUGAAUAAAACUCACAUUGAAGAUGAAUUUCAACUCGUCUCUUACGAUAGCUCAUUGUUCCUUAUUGAAAAUGAUUAUUGCAAACGUCUCGACUUGCGUAUGAAUAAAUGGGAAUCGAUUCCUUCCCUGCAGUUCGAAAGAUAUGGUUUUUCGGCGGUGAUAGCUGCUGAUGACAUUUACGUGUUGGGCGGUGCCACAUCCCAUUCGGCAGGGCACGAUGUUACGAGUGUAGAACGCUUUAAUAUUCGUACUAAUGCGUGGACUACAAUCGAAUCAAUGGAAAUAGAACACUAUAAGGGAGGGGCUGCAGUAGUCAGCGGUUGAACUUUGAUUAAAUGC